AUGAGUUCCAAUGUGUAUCAACAAUAUAAAUUAUCCGUGGUAUCUGGUGGUAAACCAAUAGUUCCACACAUUUUCAACUCAAGUAGUUCAAAGAAGAGUGUCACUUGUCUAACUCAUAAUGAAUUAGAUUAUAUUGUUCCAUUUAAUAAUCAAAUUAAAAUCUAUUCUAUCGAGACAAGACAAUGCAUAAAAAAUUUGAAGUUCGCUAAUAAUGAAACACUAUCUCAGAUAUUUUCUGGUCAAGAUGAUAAUUUUGUUGUUGAUAUUAAACUGAACAACUUACUAAAGAACCAAACGGAAAAUUCAAUCGAUGAAUCAAAUAAAAUAAUUACUAUCUUCUCAAAUCAUGGUUACAUAUUUGCUGUUAAUUACAAAGGGAAAAUGAUUGAAAAACCUGAAAAUAUCAAAUUGUCGUUGGAAGAAGAUGAAGAAGUUUAUAAAGUAUUCCACAAUUCAACAACAAAUGAGUAUAAAUUGUUAACUACAAAAAUAAAUAAUGGAAAAUCAUCAAAUUACAGUUACAGAUUUUACAAAUUUACUGUGGGUGAUAAGGAAAACCCAAUAACUUUAGAACGUACAUACGAUGAUGUCAUAUUAUCAGCAUUUUCCAAAAAUGAUAAAUAUUUGACUUUAUUAUCCUUUGAGUCUGAAUCGAAAAAAACUUUUAUUGUUAAAUCUAUCUUUGAUGAUAAGGUGGAUAUCAAAUUUAAACAAAUUGACCUUGUAAAUGCUUCAAAGGAUACCUCAUCAGCAAACUCAAAGUACAUAUCUACUAUGGCAUUAGACAAUUCCUGUACAAAAUUGGCAUUAGGGUUUGCAUCUGGUGUCAUUAAUGUUGUAAACCUAUUUGAUUUAACUAGUACUUUAUUAAAAUGGCAUAUUGACACAGUUUUGUCUUUAUGUUUUAACAGCGAUGCUACCUAUUUGAUUUCUGGUGGUUGGGAAAAAGUAAUCAGUUUUUGGCAAUUGACAACUAAUAACCAACAGUUUUUGCCACGUUUAAAUGGUGUUGUCAUCGAUUGUGACAUUUUAGGCAAUGAUAAAUAUUACUCAUUAGCAUUACAAAUGGCAGACAAUAUUUCUAAUUCUGACUUCCAGUUACUGUUAUUGAAUGCAACUGAUUUACAGUCUAAAUUGGCUGUCAAUGGUCCAUUACCCACUUUUAAUAGUCCUGUAAAAAAUACUGUUCAUCCGCUUUCUGCUAUUAAAUCAAGAGCAUCAACCACUAUUUCCAAUUCCUCUGUGUCAAAAAAGAAAUUUAGAAAGAAGUUACUAAAAUCUAAGAAACAAGAUUACACAAAUGUUGCCACUAUAAAUCCAGUAAGCAAGCAAUUAUUCUUUCCACAUACUUCUGCUGUCCAAAUAUAUGACUUUUAUAAAAAUGAACAAGUAGCAUACCAAUAUUUAGCACAAGGUGUUAAUACAGCCAUGGGUAAGGUAAGAUACGAAUUAAACAUCAAAGAUCCCGUUAUAAAUGAUAUUAAAUUUACACAGAAUGGUAAAUGGAUGCUUACUUAUGAAGUAGCAUUUCCACCAGAGGAUUUGUUAUCAUCAAAGGAUUUAACUUAUUGUUUGAAGUUCUGGACAAAAAAUGAUACGGAAGCAGAAUGGCGUUUAGUUACUAAAGUAUUAAAUCCUCAUGGAUUAAAUGCUCCAAUAACAAAAAUAAUACAGGCACCAGCUACGGUCAAUAAUUCUGAAGCAUGUAUCACUUCUGAUAAUAAUGGUGGACUAAAAUAUUGGGCUUAUGAUAACCAUGAAAAAAAUUGGUGUUUAAAGAAUGUCGCGCUUCCAUUCUAUAAUAAUUACAGUAACUCCGUUUCUUUGGCCUGGUCUCAAGAUGGUAGUUUAAUAUUCCAUGGUUUUGAAGAUAAAUUUACAAUUAUAGAUUUUGAAACUUUCAAAAAAUUAGACCAAGUUUCCCAGAACGAGAACGAUAGAUUUACUACGGAGAUGAAUUUAGAUUCUGAAAUACAGUCCAUCAAAGUCGUUAAUGAGUCCACAGUAAUUAUAGCUACCCAAACAGCCUUCUCUUCCUUUGACUUAUUAAAAGGUGUAUUUGUUAAUAGCUUUGAUAUUUAUCCUUUUACCCAAGGUGUUUACAAAAAUGGCCAUUUAGAUAGAUUGAUUAGUUGCGAUGAAGAGAGUGGAAAGAUCGCUAUUGCCAUAAAUGAACACACCCCCGACAAUGGCAGCUCUGACAUUAAUUAUAAAUCAAGAAUCAUCAUCUUUAAUUCUGAUUUAUCAGAAAAGACUGGCAUAUUUACCCAUAAUAAUUAUGUCUCAUGGUUAUCCUGGAAUUAUGACACUGAUUUUAUUUUUUUGGAUAUUGGCUGUAAAUUAGGUAUGGUUGGUACCACUGUCAAUUCAGAAAUGUUGGAUGAAGUUAAUAAUGAAAAAGCAUCAAGAACAUCUGUUAAUGACAAUAAUUUUUCAGUCCGUUUAAGUAAGUUAACUUCUUUGAAAAAUUCAUUAAAUGCUGGUCAAGAUAAAUACAAAAAGGAAUCUAGUGCGAUCGAAGUGGAUAUGGAUGAUGAGGAUUCUAAACUGGAAUUCAUUAAUGGUGAUAAUAAAGAAGGCAUUAUUAACAUGAGCAGCUUCACGAGUAUGUUUGAUAACAUACAGAAUAUUCAAAUGGAGACGUUGUUCGAUCGUGUCAUGAAAGUUAUCUUAUAA